GACUCCGCUUAUAAAUACCCCACUCUGAGCUCUCUGUUUUGACUUUCUCGAAUUUCUCUCUCUUCUCGAUCCAAAUUUCCAUUUUUAGAUUCGCAGUAGAGUUUUAUCACUCCACCAUAAAAUCCCCAAAUCAAAUUCCAUUUCCCCUCAAAACUGUCAUCUUCAAAGUUAAAACCCUAGAGUGAUGAUUCUUUUUCUCUCUCUAGGGUUUUAUCACAAUUGAAUUCAAUCGCGCUCUAAAAAAAUAUUCUAAUUUGUCGAAUUCGAAGACGGCCCUGAGAGUUGCAUCAAUUGUAAGUGCUCGUAACCCAGUUGCACACUGAUGCGUUAAUUUAAGCUCACCUAUAGAUAGAUAUAGCCACAUCUCGGUUUCCCCCCUGCUUCGAUGUUAUUCCAGCUUGUAUCUAGGGUUUUUCUUGAUUUAUUUUUCAUGGAAAUGGGCCAUUGAAUUUUUCGCUGCUGGUGGGGUUGUAUUAUCUAUUUUCUGAGUGUUUAUUGAGGUUUUUGAAGAUUAAGAACCCCCUAAUGAUUCUUGAAUCUGAACAUGAGCGAUGGAGGUGAAGCUGAAGGCAGGAGAGACGAACAGAAUGAUUCGAAUUUGCGAUCUGGUGCUGGUGAUUAUAGUCGAGCAAUAUCAAGAGUUGCGAUGGUUCAAAUAUGCGAGGGCAUUGGGUUUGAAGGAUUCAACGAGUCUGCUCUUGAUUCGCUUGCUGAUAUUGCGAUUAGGUACAUCUGUGAGUUAGGUAAAACCUCUAGAUUUUAUGCGAAUUUAGCUGGUAGGACGGGUUGCAACGUCUUUGAUAUUGUCCAAGCGUUGGAAGACUUGGGCACGCCACAAGGGUUUACUGGUGCUUCAGAGGUUCACGCUGACUGUGCAGUGAGUUCAGGUGCUAUUAGAGAGAUCAAAGAGUAUGUGGAGGCGGCUGACGAGGUACCAUUUGCUCAACCGGUGCCACAAUUUCCUGUGAUUAGGGAACGGAGAAUGAUACCUAGUUUCUUGCAAAUGGGGGAGACUCCGGCUUUUAAGCACGUGCCGCCAUGGUUGCCUGCAUUUCCUGAUCCCCACACGUAUGUACGGACACCUGUUUGGAAUGAGAGGCUCUCUGAUGCCCGAACAGAUAAGAUUGAGCUAGCGAGGCAGCAUAGGAAGGCAGAAAGGUCUCUGUUAAGCCUGCAGCAGCGGCUUGUAUGUAAUGGCUCAUCAGUAGCUACAACAUCUGCUGAACCAUAUAAUGAAGGAAAUGGGUUAGAAGUUAAUAACAAUGGGAACCCGUCUUUUGAGAAUCCUUUGGAGGUUCGGGAAAUAGACGUGUCGCAGAUUAGCAUUCCCCCAAAACUUUCUAGUCAAGCUCAUACAGAAAAACAAGUUUCUUUGUUGGAGACAUUUGCUCCAGCCAUUGAGGCAAUGAAGGAUGGCCUUGAUUCUGGAAGUGAUGGCGAGAAGACUAUUCCGGAAAAGAGGGCUUCUGUAUUUUUAGAGUUCAAAGGGGGCAAAAAAGUAUUUGGUGAGCCAUUGGAUUUGAGGAUUCGGAACAAGGCUGUGGGAAGAACAGCUUCAUGGUUUGGUCACGAGGGCGAAAGAGAUGACAGGAAGAGGAGGGUUGAGUUUAUACUACGGCAAUCUAUGGAAAACCAGCAGGAGCUUCCUCAGUUGUAAAUUUGUAGUUCCUUGAAUGACAUUGAUUGGCUAAUGUUCAAGAAGAUAGCAGUUGAUUAGGUUAGUCAAACUCAAAACAUACAGUAGUUUGUGGUUGUGUAUUUGGUGCUAAUCCAUUUAGGAGCGGAACCCAGAUUAAGACAUUUUUUGAGAUAUGUCAGGUCCUUUCCAAAUUUCUUCUGUCAUUGACAUUAUUUUUUAAUGAAUGAGAUUGUAGCAUUUUGUUCA